UUGAGUAUUGGUUAACAAAGUUUAAGGAUGGAGAUGAGCGACAGAAGGGGUUUUAGGAGCAAUUAGGGUGACUGUAACUCGUAUAAGCAAAUCCAAUUACGAAGAAAGAGGUGCUUGAUUCUUGAAGAACAUAGCAUAGCAAUUUUGGGGUUUGUCCAAAAAUGGAUUCGGUUCCGAACGGGGAGGAACCCACUUCGUGGGAUGAGCUCUACAACAUCAAUUUGAUGCCAUCCGAGUUAUUUCUCAAGUUCCGGAAAGAAGUUCAGGGUAUUCGAGUUGGUCUCAAUAUGGAGUUCUAUAAUGCCCCAAUCAACGAGUAUCAAGCAAAGCUUGUAUUGAAGCCUUUAACACCUGAAUGGAAGUGGAAGAUAAUCUAUGAGCCCCUUCAUCAUGAUGUUCGCGUUCUCUCAAAAAAGAUCCCCAUCACAAAAUUUCUUAAUCUUCAGGUAGGUGUAGGACACAAUUUUCAAAUGCAUGCUACUGGUUGGAAAUGGAAGCUCACCACAUGUUUGGGCGGAGACGGUGUAUCCCGGAUCCGAAAUAAGACAUCAGUUGGCUUGUUUCCCGGUUUUGAUUUACGGUUUGGAUGGAGGGCAGACUAUGUACUUCCUGAAAUUACUGGGGCUCUGGGUACUGAUGAGCCGAUGUUCAACAUGCACUCAGGACGACUACAAGCGUCUCUGGAUAGAGUUGAGGCCAUCUUAACCCACAGUGAUGCUGCUUGAUUUGGGUAAAGAAGGUAUUGUUAACUAGGUUGUAAUUCAAAUUUUGAAGUAUGUCACUACUUGUUCGAAACGCAUACAAACCUCAAAGUGGAGUCAAGAUGGUACUGCAAAGUUUUUCGAAAUUUGUGACAUGGCCCCCAAUUUAAAACUACGGAGCGUCUGAUAGCGAGUAAAACUAUCCAUGUAGUCAAAUGGAUAUUUGCUUUGUGCAUACACUCAUUCAACAGAAUCAAGUUUUUUACUCGCUUUGCCAGUGCGAUAAUUUGUACAUGUGACUGUAAUUAGUAUUUGUUUCAGAUCCAGAUUUUAAGAUGUUGCCAAUUGCAUGAUUACUCCACAAAAUAUCCGGGCUUUACCGAGAGAAGGGAGGGUUAAGUGUGUGUGUGGGCAUUUGAGUGCAUAAUAUACAAAUCGUAGUUUGCUUUC